GGGAGAAAAGUUAAUAAGUGCCGCAGCGUUUAUUCGCAUAAAUACGGUACUAAGCGGUAUUACUAUGGUAUCAAGCAUCACCCUCAAAUAAGCUCCGCGGUGCUAACUCGCGCAAAUUCGAUACAUGUUCCAUUUUCCCGUUUACGAUUUUGGAAGAAUAGUUCCCAGUGCCGAGAAAUACUGCUGUAAGUAAAAUACGGAAUGGCGUUAUUUCGUUGAUAUAACAACUUCGAUGUCAUUGCAACCCUGAUCAUAACAAAUUUUCAUCUUUAUCGAAUACAACUAUGGUGGCAAUUUUUUCAAAUCUUUGUUUAUGGCCACGUAGUUUACGCUCAAACUUGGGAAGUAUUGACACUGAAAAACUAUAUCAAGCCACCUUAAAAUGUCAGCUUACACGAACAAAUUGCCACUGCAGCAUGUUUGUAAAGAUUAUUUUUAAGGUUCAGCCGACGAGGGAAUGGCUAAAUAAAGUAAAUUUGUCGAGUUUUCAACUCAAAAACGUUUUUAAAUUGGUGCUUGUAUCGUAAACCAUGUUUACGAUACUCUCAUGCAAAUACACCUCUUGGUUGCUUGUUCCAGGAGUUCAGAUAGGUUUAGGUGUUAUUUGCCAUGUUUAGUUAAUUUCUUAUGUAAAUUAAGGCGCAGUUGAAUAUUUUUAUAGGCACUGCGCGCUACAGAUUUUUAUUAACAAUAAUAGGGACUUUACGAUCUUACUACGCGACGGCAACGAGAACGUCAAAAAUAAUAAGUUUAGUACACAAAACAACGGCUUUGCUCGUGCAUCUCACUUUUUUGCACAUUUCUUGGCCGUUUUUGCACGACUACGACGUGGAAAUUGCUGAUUUUACUUUUUAGGGAGGACGUAAACGAGCGACGACGAAAUUUUAUCCUCUCUCUAAGCUUGAAUAUAGUUCCUAAAAAUUAAAUUCCUGGGGGGUUUGCCUACAUUUGACAAAGUUGGAAUAAUGGCAAUGAAGACGGGAAGAACGAAAGUUCAUUUUUGAAGCGACGUUUUCGCUGCCGUCGCGUUAUCAGAUCGUAAAGUCCCUAAUAGGGAGUUCACGAUCGAGAUAAUCCAGAAGAUGACGCCGGCUGUCCUGGUGGCCGCGUCGCGCCUGGGCACUUGUAUGUAAAUGACGUUACGAUCAAUCAUUUCAGGCGGCGGCGGACUCUUUUUAGCGGGAAAAUUUACUUAGCACCAGCCUGAAAUACUGAAAACCUGCUCACCAAGCAUCGAUUCGAUACAAGCAAGCAUUGUCAGAAAAAAAAUAUAAGUAAUAACAAAUUAUGCCAAACCUAAGAGAGACUAGGAUUUCCCUUCUUUAUGCUUAUGAUUCGAGCAUCAUCAACGAUGAAGAAUUCGUCUUGCUGUACGAUAACAACACUUUAAAAAGCCCUAACUUUCCCUACUGGAACUACGAGGCCUUGAACUCGACAUGUCCGACGAUGAGUGUCAAGCAGAAUUUGGUAUUUACAAGAACGACGUCUAUGACUUAAUGGAGGUCUUGGCUUUUCCAGAGACAUUUACGUUCUACAAUGGCUUAACGGUAAAUGGCACUGAGGCUCUUUACAUCUUUAUAAAAAGAUUUGCGUAACCUUGCCGUUAGCUCUGUAUGACAAGUAACAUGGUUAUGGACUAUUUAUAUAAGCACUGAAGUUAUUUGCUAAUCUCGCUAAAUCAGCCUUGGCUUUCGCCUGAUAAUUUGGAGACAUUCGCUAAUGCUGCUUUCUUUUCAAGCUGUCGGAGCUUUGCGGAAUUGUUUUGGAUUUGUCGAUGGAACGGUCAGACCUGUUUCCCGACCCGACAAAAAUCAAAGAGUAUUGUCAUAUUCCUAGACUUUCACUCAACAAAACAGGGACACUGUCAUUGGUUGAUUGCUGGUCACGUGGUCUUGACUAAAAUCAAAUGUAUUCCGAUCGUGAUACAUUAAGCAAUGUACCCCGCUCGUGAUACAUUACAGCACGUGAUCAAGGCAUGGUGCAAAGUGGCGUGAUUGAAAGCGGGAAUUUUAACUUUGGUUAAUGAGCACAGCAAAACAAAAAAAAUAUGGAGUCUGAACCUGUAAGGAAACGAUUCAAAUAGCUCACAAAUGAAGAGAUUCAGGAACUGGUUGAGGCCAAAGAUUCCGAAAAUACAAGCAAAGCGACUAAAAAUGCCGUUGCUACUUUUCUAUCGUUCUGUAAUAAAGUUACGCCUGAAGAACUUGUGACAAACACAGAGUCCAUGGAGAAAAUGUCGAAGAACGAACUGAAUGAAGUUCUAACUAACUUCUAGCCGAAUGCUUGGAAAAAGAACGGAGACAAUUACAAAAAGACUGCCUUGAUGGGACUACGAUUUGGUCUGCAAAGGCACUUUCUACUGAAAAGAGAUUUUGACAUCAUUAAUGACAGCGAGUUUUCCAAACCAAAUCAAGUUUGUGAGGCGGCAGUUGUCGAGUUAAAGCGGCAAGGAUUUGGCAGAGUUGAUCACCACAGGCCGAUAUCAAAGGAAGAUCUAGAAAAAAAUCAGUCUUGUUACAAUCCAUCCUCUCCAGAUCCUAAAUCCCUCCAGGAAGUGGCUUGGUUUACUGCGCUUUUCACAAACAUGCGAAUUCUGAAGUUCAAAAGCCAACUGACGAUUGCGUUUUAGCUGCCGUCAAUCAUCUUAACGGACCUCUUAGGAAACAAAACUUUACUUUAACGGGUUCAAAAGGUCAUGGUUUGUGAUUUAUAAUUGGUGGAUUUCGAUCCGUUUUGUGUGUUUCUGUGUUUCAAGGUUCGUUGCUUGUGAUCGUAAUUAUGAUUGACGGCAGCGGAAAACACAAUUGUGAAGGCGGCUUUUGAACUUUAGAGUUUGCAUGUUUGUGAAAAGCGCAGUAAAUCUCAUGUUCCACUAAAUUCGCCGCGGGAGAGAAAAUCUCCGUCUUCUUACAAAACAGACGUUUGCCAUGCAGGUUGAUGCAACUGGUAAGAAGUACGUAUAUCAAGCACUUAUUGAUGAACUGGACAAAAAUCACAGGGGAAAGGAUCAACCAGAUGAUUCUCCAGGUGAAGGCCGUAUGUAUGAAAGACCGAAGAGUCCAUACUGU